GAAGCAGAGGAGUGAACACAACUCUCCGAGGGAUCACCGCCACACACCCGGACUGAUGAAGUCUGAAAGGAAGGAGCAGACUAAGAUCUGAGAAUUUCCUCUUCAGACGCGUAAUUAAGCACAUCAGUCGCUUCUAUCGUCACGAGUCUUUCUGCAUAAAGGAUGCCUCAACUCAAGGAGUGACAAUGACAUCCAGUCAUAAGAUUUCCUUUUCUAUAGUUGACAUAUUGGAUCCGAACAAAUUCAACAGUAAGAGAGUGAACGAACUUUCCAUCAUCAAGGAGAAGUUGUUGCCAGCGCCAAAUGCAGAGAGAACAACUUUGGAGUCGGACAGUACCGCAGGCGGAGACUCCAAAGUAGAGCGCGCAGAAGCAGAAGAGGCAGGAGAUGGAAAAUCUACACUCUCCAGGAAUUCCGAAGUUGUUGCUGACCCCCUUCUGCUCUCCCCACCGUCGGAUACAGAGCCCUGUCUGACCAGGCAGCAGGACAAUGGAGACGGGGAGUCAGCGGUCACCUUGCAGGACCACACAACGCAUAAGCGGCGGCGCCCGGAUCAGGCCUGUGCCAAACCACGGCGCGCCAGAACAGCGUUCACUUACGAACAGCUCGUGGCCCUGGAAAACAAGUUCCGCGCAACUCGGUACUUGUCUGUGUGUGAGAGACUAAACCUGGCCUUGUCACUGAGUCUGACCGAAACCCAGGUGAAAAUCUGGUUCCAGAACCGGAGGACCAAGUGGAAAAAACAGAACCCCGGGGCGGACAGCACCUUACAGCCCGGCUCCAACUCCCUUGUUAAUGUCAGUCCCAAUCCAGCCUCGUGUGGGUCGAGCUCCGCCAGCUUCCACCAGACUUUCUCCAACUUCACCUCUGGCAACGUGAUCUUCCACGCGGCCGGUGGCGUUCCGCUUUCAUCCACUGGAGGGCUCCUGCAUCCCUUCAUGUCCAGCGGAUUCGUCCAGCCGACUUACUUUAAUCCACAUUUAUAA